UGCAAAUUAGAGGGAAACAGGCCACAGCCCUGGUCCCCAAAAGGAAUGGAGACCGUGGGAAUUGGGGGGCAGAGGGGAACUGGGGUCCAGCCUUUAAGGUCCUACAUUCACAACACUGACUGGCCCAGCAAAGCCACCUCCAAAUCCAGGCGGGGAGGGCAGCCAGUAUCCUUGAUGCCUGGGUGUCCCCAACUUUCCAAAUCCCCACCCCCGCAAUGGAGAAGAAACCAAACCGAGACUGAAGGUGCAGGGCCCACUACCGCUUCCUCCAGAUGAGCUCAUGGGUUUCUCCACCAAGGAAGUUUUCCGCUGGUUGAAUGAGAGCUCUCCCCGCCCUCCACCCCCCAGGCUAUAAAGGCAGCUGCUGGCACAGGCAGCCAACAGACACUGCUCAGCGAGGACACGAGGACACGGGAGAGAGACCAGCUCCAGACCCUCGGGAAGUGACCUCUCAGCGACACAGCCCCAGAGACGCGCCAGGCAGCUCUCUCCCGCGGACACCCUCUCCACCCUCUCGCAGCCGCAGCCGCAGCCGCCCUGUGCGUCGCUGGGACACAACAUGAGCACUGAAAGCAUGAUCCGGGACGUGGAGCUGGCGGAGCAGGCGCUCCCCAAGAAGGCAGGGGGCCCCCAGGGCUCCAGGCGGUGCUUGUACCUCAGCCUCUUCUCCUUCCUCCUCGUGGCAGGAGCCACCACACUCUUCUGCCUGCUGCACUUGGGGGUGAUCGGCCCCCAGAGGGAAGAGGGUCUCACCUUUUUCUUUCCUCUUUCCUCAGGGUUAUCUUCUCGAACCCCAGGUGACAAGCCUGUGGCCCAUGUUGUAGCAAACCAGAAAACUACGGGGCAGCUGCUGUGGCAGAACAAGGUGGUCAACGCACUCCUGGCCAAUGGUGUCAACCUGGUAGACAACCAGCUGGUGGUGCCAUUGAAUGGGCUGUACCUGGUCUACUCCCAGGUCCUCUUCAAGGGCCAAGGCUGCCCUCACGCCCCCCUGCUGCUCACUCACACCGUCAGACGCUUUGCCGUCUCCUACAAGGACAAGAUCAACCUCCUCUCUGCCAUCAAGAGCCCCUGCCAGCGGGAGACCCCAGAGGGGGCUGAGGCCAUGCCCUGGUACGAGCCCAUCUACCUGGGCGGAGUCUUCCGGCUGGAGAAGGGUGACCGGCUCAGCGCCGAGAUCAACCUGCCGGACUAUCUCGAUUUUGCGGAGCCCGGGCAGGUCUACUUUGGGAUCGUGGCCCUUUGAGGGAGCAGGGUGUCCAUUCUUGUCCACCCCCGUCCCUGUGUUCCCCACUCCUUCAGACCACUCCAUCCCCUC